GUGUUCCUUAAGCAUAGAAAGAAACAGAGAGAAAAAAAAAAAGCAGAGAGACCUUUGAAGAUCAAGAAUGGCAGUCAAAGUUUAUAUUGUGUACUACUCAUUGUACGGGCAUGUUGAGAGACUAGCAGAAGAAAUAAAGAAAGGGGCUGAUUCUGUUGAAGGUGUUGAAGCCAAACUAUGGCAGGCAUCUGAGACAUUGCCAGAUGAGGUGCUUAGUAAGAUGACAGCACCACCCAAGAGUGAUGUACCAAUCAUUAACCCCAAUGAACUCUCUGAGGGUGAAGGUUUUGUCUUUGGCUUCCCAACAAGAUUUGGAAUGAUGGCUGCUCAAUUUAAAGCUUUUCUGGAUGCAACUGGGGGUUUAUGGAAAACUCAACAGCUUGCAGGAAAGCCUGCUGGAAUCUUCUACAGCACCAGUUCCCAAGGUGGUGGACAAGAGACUACAGCGCUCACUGCUAUAACUCAGUUAGUUCAUCAUGGAAUGUUAUUUGUUCCAAUUGGAUACACAUUCGGUGCUGGAAUGUUCGAGAUGGAGGAACUGAAAGGUGGAAGUCCAUAUGGUGCAGGAACUUAUGCUGGUGAUGGAUCAAGGCAGCCAACUAAGCUUGAGUUGGAGCAAGCAUUCCAUCAAGGGAAGUAUAUCGCAACCAUCACAAAGAAGCUCAAAGAAGCUGCAUAAUGUUGCGUC